UUUGCGCUGUAGCAGCAGCAGCGCCGCCUCACGAGCUGCCAGAGUCGAUUUCAUCUGGAGCUGCUCGCGUUCGUCCCCUGUUUUCAUCACGAGCUGCAGCGCCUCGUCCCAUUGGCGACUAGCAACAAGAUUCUGCAGCUUCUUCAUGACACUGGACCGCAGUUGCACGCAGGCCUCACGCUCCAGGGCGGCGGCGGCGUCGUUGAAGCCCAAAUCGUAGAGCUCUCGGAGCAGCAGACGCGCCCAUUUGUUGCGCUUCCUCUGCGGGGAAUUGGGGUCGGUUGAUCCGUCAACUGAAGGAGACGGAGGAGAAGGAGGGAGUGUGGGCGGCGGCGGCGGCGAACGCUUGCGCUUGGCGUCGUCCGAGGCGCGCAUGGCGGUCGAAGAUUAGACCUUCUUCAACCUGAUGCGAAAUUUUGUGUUGGAAAAAACUUUUUUGCAUUUGGGAUUUAGAUGAAAUUCGCAGAAAGUGAACCACCUCUCCCAUUUUGUUUCGUGUUGUCCAUGCAAAAUGCUGCCUGUUGCUCGUGUUCUUGUGAGCCUUCAUGACCCGUGUCCUUGUGUGCCUUCAAGACAGUGCUUUGACUCACAUUCGUCAGUCCGCACAACGCUCCUUGAAGCUGGAGAAUUUGCAAGUUCAAAGCUCGCAUUCAGGGAUCGCAGUUUCUUUAUCCACUUCCUCUCACUAUUGAAUCAAUAGUAUUGAUAAAAGAAAAAUCUCCCGAUAUUUUUUUCACCACUCGUCACCCAAAUGACGCUCUCCGUUCUUCGUCACACUCGGUUCUUCCGCUCCGUGCUCAAGUCGCCCUCCGCUCUCCACUUCCGCGCCAUGUCAUCCGCCAAACUGCGCCAGUUCCCCAAGAACGAGACGUUCCCCGACGAGUUCCUGCGCCUCGUGCCCAAGACGGAUCUUCACUGUCACUUGGAUGGUUGUCUUCGCCCCCAAACACUCAUCGAUUUGGCCAAUCAACAGGGCGUGGAGCUCCCCACUUACGACGCUGAACAGCUCAACCGCGACGUGUUCAAAGAGACGUAUGACUCUCUAGAGGAAUAUCUCGUCUGCUUCUCGUACGCUUCAGCCGUGUUGCGAACCAGUGAAGCGCUGGAGCGCGUCGCGUACGAACAGGCUUGUGACCAGUUCGCUUUGGGCGUCCGAUACUUCGAGACCCGCUUCGCUCCGCAACUCAACGCGGUGCCAGGCGAAUUGCCACUCGAAGAAGUUUUGCUCAGUGUCAAUCGCGGUCUGAAACGCGCCACCGACGAGUUUAACGCGAAAGAUCAGGAUGUUAUCUCUGGUUUGGCACCUCGGUUCGCCUACGGUAUCAUUGUGUGUGCCAUGCGGUUCUUCACGCCGGCGUUUGGUCCGUACUACAAACAAUUCUGCGAUGUGCAUCGUCAUGAGGAUCCUCACCGUCUGUAUGGCCUAGCGUCCAUGGCGCUGAUCACACAGGCGUAUGCUACCAAGAUGGAGCAUGGUGUGCCUGUUGUGGCUCUGGAUAUCGCUGGAGCUGAGAGAGGGUACCCAGCUCACGACCACGUAGAAGCCUUCGCCUUUGCACACAAGAAAUUCAUGCACAAAACAGUGCACGCGGGUGAAGGUUACGGUCCUGAGAGCAUUUUUGAGGCCAUCACGGACCUCCACGCCGAGAGAAUUGGACACGGCUUGCAUUUGUUCCGUCAUGACACCAUUGAGAAACCCGAUCUGGAUGAGGAACAGCGCAAAACGUACUGCCACGACCUCGUGCAGUACCUGGGCAACUCCAGGACGUGUCUUGAAGUCUGUCUGUCCAGUAACUUGCAGACGACGCCCGAUAUGGAGCUUGAUGCCAGGAACCACCCGCUGCGUGACAUGCUGACGAGCAAACUGGCCGUUAGUCUGUGCACAGACAACUGCACAGUGUCCCACACGAACAUGAUGCGUGAGGUGCGACUGGCAUGUGACGCCUUUGAGCUCACUCCCCACGAGCUGCGUCAGAUCCUGUUGACAGGCUUCAAGCGCUCGUUCAUGCCUGGAGAUUACGCCGAAAAGCGCGCCUACACUCACCACGUCAUCGACUACUACGACCACCUCAUCAAUAAGUUCGGCAUUAAGGAUACCAGCACCAGCAAGUCCGGUUAGGCACAAAAGCAACUUAAAAAGCUAAAGGUAAGAGGAUUAGCAACAAGAUCGGUAGCGUAAUCUUGAUGGUUGGAGAAGUCUUUGUGCGCUUAUGAUAAGAGUACUAGUAGUAUUGGUAAGAUUUCUAUUCCGCAUAUAUCUGCAGGACUCGAGUUGCUCUGUAUUCGCCGUCAAUAUUCCGGAUCAAGUAUGGGUCUGUCCUUCUUCGGAUCGUAGUUGGUGCUGCCAUUCUCGUUGCCAGCUCUAACGCCUUGGCCAGCGCCAAGAGCACGCUGCCGUCAGAAGCAAGUUUGUCUGCUGAAAGAGGCGGUGAACCGUUUUUAAGAGUGCCGGAAGCACGUGAAAUGUCCAAUCGAGAGGGUAACCAGGAAGAAGAAAGAGGGGCAUUCAAUGUAGCCUCCUUUCUAAAACACCUGAUAGAAUCAAGCAAGAGUUCUUCAGCGAAGUUCCAGAACUGGGUUCAAAGAGCGAAAUACCGCCCAGUGUACAAGUAGUCUGCAGCUCUAGGCUCAGAGAGAAGAAGGCGAUAAAAGAAUAAUGCGACGAGUGCUGUCAAGAUUACUACAACUAUUGUGAAAAACAAACGUGUUGAAGCG